AUGCACCUUCAGGGGGUGGCGGACAAGAUCAUGUGUAAAGCCUUCCCUACCACGCUGAAGAGACCCGCAAGGAUCUGGUUCAGCAGGUUGACGCCCAACUCUAUUAGUACCUUCGAGGAGUUAAAUGCCCAGUUCGCCUCACACUUCAUCGGGGGACACAGGUAUAAGAAGUCCACUGUAUGCCUAAUAAACAUUAAGCAGCGAAAGGACGAGAUGUUGAGAUCUUACAUAACCCGCUUUAAUAAGAAGGCCCUCUUGAUCAACAAAGCUAACGACAAGAUACUCGUAGCUGCAUUCACGAAUGGGCUACGAAAGGGUAAGUUCCUAUUUUCUCUGUAUAAGAACGACCCAAAGACUAUGUCAGAUGUACUUUACUGGGCGAUCAAGUACAUGAAAGUGGAAGACGCACUACUGGCUUGA